UGGCUCCAGUGAACAGCACCCAUCCUUCACAUACGAAAAUCCAAGGCUCACUGAACAUCUAGACUCGCCAGCUUUAAGUCCAUUUAAAUGGACGUUGGAUAAACAUAUGGAUGAUAAUGGAAUAGUAAAUACUACCCACCGGACUUUGAUCCGUCAAAAAUCCCAAAACUCAAACUUCCCAAAGAUCGUCAGUAUGUGGUCCGAUUAAUGGCUCCUUUCAACAUGAGAUGCAAGACAUGUGGAGAGUACAUAUACAAAGGCAAGAAGUUCAAUGCACGAAAGGAAACUGUACAGAAUGAGGUCUACCUGGGUCUUCCCAUCUUCCGCUUCUACAUCAAAUGUACCAGGUGUCUGGCAGAAAUCACAUUUAAAACAGACCCUGAGAACACAGACUACGUGAUGGAGCACGGAGCGACACGAAACUUCCAAGCAGAGAAGCUGCUGGAGGAGCAGGAGAAGCAAAUGCAGAAAGAACGGGAGGAUGAAGAGCUGAACAACCCAAUGAAGGUUUUAGAGAACAGGACUAAAGACUCCAAAAUGGAAAUGGAGGUGUUGGAAAACCUGCAGGAGCUGAAGGAGUUGAAUCAGCGACAGGCCAACGUGGACUUUGAGAGUAUGUUACUGGAGUAUCAGAAAUAUGAGAAAGACCUGAAACGACAGCAGGAGGAGGAGGAUGAGCGAGAAAUGAAGACAAUGCUGGAAAGUGCCCAGGUGAAGAGAAUUCUGGAUGAUUCGGACUCUGAUGAGGAACUCCCUAAACCUCGUAAGCUGAAUUCCCAAGUCCCCCAGAGGCCGACAGAUAUUCUCAAUGAGAAUGCUGAUCAUCAGAGUAAAAAACUGAAGGCUGAGAGUUGGGAGAGGAGUGUGGGAAAGUUCAGUGGAAGUCUUCAUCUUUCUGGGUUGGUGGUGAAGAAGCCACAGAUGAAACAAGCAGAUUUAUCCAGCCUGAGGAAGGGAGACACUUUCCAGAAAGACUGCCUGACAAGCAAUGGUAGCAGCAAUCGUUAUUCGGUGGUGUCACCUGCUUCAGAAGUGCUAACGGGGUCAUGCCCACAAGUAGAGAAUGCAUCAACAGCCUGUAAUUCAUCCUUAAGCCUUCUGGGGGCAUACUCUGACAGUGAAGGAAGCAACAGUGAUUAACCAUUGUGCAAUUUUUCAGACUGCAGUAGACCUCUUUCAAGAGAGGAAUAAUUCAAAGUAAUACCAUGAUGUUUUUUGUUACUGUAUUUCUGUAAAUAUUUGUGGAAGAGGGAUUUGUCCCUUGAUUUGACAUUUGGAAUAUGUCCAUAUUUUUCCCAACGUCAUUUCUGAUGAAAUGAGUUUUGAUACUCCUUAUUUAACAGAACGUUACACUUCUCUGUUGUUUAAUCACGUAGCAGGUUUCCACAAGCAUGUAACAUGGAUACGCUUAAGAUGACUGUUUGCCCCACAUUAUAAAAAUUCCAGCACAAACUAAGGCUGUUCAUCAGAUCACAGUACGGUUAUUAUACUUGCUGAAAUGCCACUCUCCUGUUCAUAAAUUCAGCAAGAGUCCCACUGUCAUAGUAAAUGAUGCCUGGAAUCUUUGCUUCUGUGACUUAAUACCACAGGUUAGGGAGGGUGAACGUACAAUGCCUGCUUGAAAAACCUCCUCACUUUAGUUUCAUUUUAAAUCUGGUGGGUGGUCUCCAUUCUUCCCCGACAUUGUGGAAUAUCCACCAACGAUGUCAAAUUUCAGGUGACAGACAUUCUACAUUUCAAAGAAAGUGGAAUUUCACCUCUACUGUGCAGUUUCUCCUGCUGUGCAUUUUGUUGAGAUAUCGUAUUAAUUUUUAAUUUUGUCUAUUAAAUUUUUUUAAAUCUAUAAUAAAAGUUGUCUUGUGAAUGCAAAUAUUAAUUAAUUACUGAUUUAUACAUAUUCUUGUGAUCGUGGCUUGUAACCUACGUACAAAAUUGAAGUAUCUGUACAUUAAAUCCAACACGUCACCUGUGCAACAAAAACAGAAGUUGCUGGAAAAGCUCAGCAGGUCUGGCAGCAUCUGUGAAGAAAAAAAAUCCGUUAACUUUUUGGGUUCGAUGACCCUUCUUCAGAACAGGUAUGCAGUUCAUUGAAGCAUUAUAAGUAGCUAAUACCCAACGGCUGCAGAGAUAAUCGGUCUUUAGUGUUGAAAGGCUGCGAUAUUGGAUGUGUUUUGUUCUAUUUUGUAGCCAGGGUGUGUACAACCAUUGAUUUUAUUUCUGCAUCUUGUGUUUUUUAACUCCCAAAGGAACUAGCUUUUAUAUCUUGUUAACAUGUUUUUAACAUCAAAAUCUCCCAAAGGCAAGGAAAUUACAGUGAGCAAUACAAAACACUGGUUCAGCCUGAAUAGAAUAACAAAUAUCGUGGUCUAGGAGGUGGCCAUUCAGCCCCAUUGCACCUGCACCAGUUCUAUUAUCACGUCCAUUUCCGUUGUCUAGUGCCAAUCUCCUGCCUUUUCCCCAUAUCUCUGCACAUUAUUACUGUCCAAAAAAAAAUCUGAUUCCCUGUUGAUCACCACAACUGAACUGGAGCAUUCAGAACUUAUUUUAGGAAAAAUUGAAUGGUAAGACCGUAAGACAUAGGAGUGGAAGUAAGGCCAUUCGGCCCAUCAAGUCCACGCCGCCAUUUAAAUCAUGGCUGAUGGGCAUUUCAACACCACUUCCCCGCACUCUCCACGUAGCCCUUGAUUCCUUUUGAGAUCAAGAAUUUAUCAAUCUCUGCCUUGAAGGCAACCAACGUCCCGGCCUCGACUGCACUCUGCGGCAAUGAAUUCCACAAGCCCACCACUCUCUGGCUGAAGAAAUGUUGUCUCAUUUCAGCUUUAAGUUUACCCCUUCUAAUUUUAAGGCUGUGCCACGGGUCCUAGUCUCCCCGCCUAACAGAAACAACUUCCUAGCGUUCACCCCUUCUAAACCAUACAUUAUCUUGUAAGUUUCUAUUAGAUCUCCCCUCAACCUUCUAAACUCUAAUGAGUACAAUCCCAGGAUCCUUAGCCGUUCAUCAUACGUUAAACCUACCAUUCCAG